AUGGCGGACGCCAGCUCGGAACAUAUGCCGGGCUCCGACCUGGCGUUGUCGUCAGAUGAGGAGGAUUUUGUCUCUAGCCAAAGCACUGCUUCGAUGGAGCCCGAUGUCAGCUCUAAAAAGAAUCUCGCCGUCGCUCUCGGAAAGCUCCAUCUUGACCCACCAUCAAGUCAAAGCUGCGAAAACAGUCAACAGAGCGCAGCUCGGACAUUUUCGGAAAGAAAGCCACUGCGACUACUCGAGUUGCCAUUAGAUGUAUUGAAGGAUAUCGUCAAAGAGGUUACGCACACAAACGACCUCACUUCGCUUGCACUCACAUGUUCCUCUCUUCAUGCUCUGACUAUACCUCAUAUGUACUCCCGUUUCGACAUCGUGUGGCCCGAGCCACUGAACCCGAGCUCCGACGAAUACUCUGGAGUUGACGCGCUCUCUUAUGGUCUAUCUACACUUGUCAUGGGUGAAGAUGUAUUCCAUCAACUACCGCUGCCCCGCUCGGACCGAUCUGUCACGGCAUGUACAAAAUGUGGUUGUGAUGAUCGUGGCCAUGGGCCUGCGACCAUGCAAACACAAGAGGCAAGCACAGGAUUUAGGUCACGGCGAGGAAACUAUUAUGCACAAUACACGAGAACCUUCUCCAUCGGAAAUGGUCCGCUUGGCUGGGUCCAGGAGUACUCCGUUAACAGAGAGGUGGGAAAGAUGCUAGGAACUCUGGUCGCUUUGGCCGUGGCAAGGAUGGUCAAUCUUGAAGCUUUUAUUUGGGAUAUGCCCACAGGGGUGGUCCGUGAUAUAUGGCUUGCACUUGCAUCACUAGCGGAGCGACCGAACCAUAAAUGUCGUCUGGAGCGAAUAUGGGUGCGUUGGCAUGAUAACUCAGAAAAUUUGCUUCGUGUCUCGGCAGCCCCGUCGAUGUCAAGCCGCCUGCUGCAAAAGUACAAGCAUGUAGAGCAUCCAUCGCUCUCUGUACUCCCGCCGCUUAAGAGUGUGGCAGUUCUCGAUAUAGAUGAGCCGGCAUAUGUGGAAGAACUGGCUGUUCUCAUUGAACGAUCUCGCCAUCGCUUAAGUGAAUUGCGUAUCGGAAUUUCUUCCAAGGCUCACCUGGCAAAUUGGCUCAUUUGUGCAAGUGAAACAGAUGCUCCUCUGGAUUCGUCAUCAAAUUGGCCUCGGGUUGGUGGCGUGCUUAGUAUUCUUUGCAAAAAAGACACAGCCGUAUCUGAUGGAUCUGUCCCAAAUUCUUCAACCGUUGAUCUCUCGAGCAAUUCAGAAAUCUUGACAUGCCCAUCCUCUGCAGAGAAGCUAUCAAGUACAAAUUCUACUCAAGGCGAUACAAACUCACUAGCUAGCGCUGACAAAGCACCUCCAAUCCCAGAAAGCGCGAAAAACAAUACAUCGCCCGAUUCAUCACCUUUACACGUUCCUGGUAUUCGAGUCCAUCUACCUUAUUCCACUCCUAAGGCUAUGGAGAAACUGAAUCUUGAAGUUCUUGAACUCGAAAGAGUGCCUCUCUCUGUAUCAACUGUUUUACCAGCUAUCGAAUGGACGCGUCUCCAUUCGAUUACCAUUAUGCGAUGUGAGGAUCAUGAGCACUUGUGGAGAGCUCUACGUCGGAAAUAUGCACCACCUGCGCUACCUGCUCAGAAAACACAGGAUGGGGGCCGUCGGAUGAGUAGCCUUCUGCCCGAAUUCUCUCUCAAUCUGAAGCAUUUACGUACAGAUACAGUGUCGCCGUAUCUGAUACUUUUUAUCAAGGAUACUCUCGCACCGAAUACUUUAGAGAGUGUGUACCUACACGAAGCGCCGGCCUAUGAUUCAACGGUCCAGGUUGAUGCCAUUUACCGACACGUUCUUCGGAAGCAUCGGUUGAGUCUGCGAAAACUCUUAAUCGAUGCAUCUGACCGGCAUGAUCCCACCGCGGAAAAUCCGACUACACGCUGGCACAAGUGGAUGUUUAACCAUGAAAUGAUAUCCUUUAUUACGGGAGGUCGAAUGCCCCAGCUGAAAGAAUUGGGCAUGGCUAUGCACUACCGUGACUGGCAUUUCCUUUUACAACGACUUCCAAACAUGCCUCAGCUGCGUGCUAUAUACCUUCCCCACAUAUCCCAUAGCGUGCAUCGUGACUUGAAAGAGCUUGCACUCCAGGUCCUCGAUAUCGUCAGUAUCCGGCCGGAGCUCAAAGUUACUUACAUUGGACUCCAGAUAAAAUGCUACCAGAUACUUGAGGUAUCGUGUGAGGGAAAUGACUCGGACUUUGACGAGGUUCAGGGCACUGACCAAACGUCUCAUGGCGAAGAUGGCAUUUCCACCUUUGAAGACGAUUUGGUAGACUUCACAGAUGACGACCACGAGUUUUCUGGUGCACCUGACGGCUCAGACGGACUUUCCGACGAUCUCACGGAUGACUACGACACUGAACCAGAAGAAUCCGGAUCUCCACGGGUGCGCUUUCGGCUCCAGGAGAUUCUGUUUUAUGAUGACAAGAUUUCAAUUUUCAAGGCACGGCAUGGUGUUAUCUAG